AUGAGUAGCAAGAGCCAAUCUGGUGGGAAACAAGGCAGUUUUCGUCGACUACAAGGUCCACAAGCUAAUUUGAACAAGACAAAUGAUGAUGAUAAGAAACUCACAGGUAAAAAAGCCAAGAGACAUUGGCAUAAGAAUGAAGAUGGGACCCUUGGUGGUGCCAAUAACAAGGACCAUGGUGAAGAUGACGAUACUGAAAUUUGUUUGAUUUGUGCAGAGCCUUUGAGGAUUGCAUCUUUGUCACCUUGUAGCCAUAAGACCUGUCAUAAAUGUUCAUUUAGACAGCGUGCAUUGUAUGAAAAGAAGUCAUGUUUGAUCUGUAGAACUGACAAUGAAUUGGUUAAGUUUACUGAAGAUGUCGAUGCCCAGUUCGAUGAUGUCAAGAAUAUAAGUGAAACUUCUGAAAAAUAUGGGAUUGCGUUUGCUACAAACCAAAUUGCAGAGGAAACGCUAUCCUUAUUGAAAUUCCAAUGUCCAAUAUGUUUGAAAAAGCAAGAUUCUCCAGACUUAAAAGAUCAUGGUAGCUUGAAGAAGCUAGGUGAUCAUUUGAAAUCAACUCAUAAUAAAUUAUUAUGUAUGAUAUGUGCGAAGAACAAGCAUUUAUUUAUUAGUGAAUUGAAAUUAUAUACACCAAAUCAAUUGAAAAAUCAUCAAAGUAAUGGUGAUUCAAAAGGUUUUAAAGGACAUCCGUUAUGUGCAUUCUGCAAUGACAAAAGAUUUUAUUCAGAUGAUGAGUUAUAUUUGCAUAUGAGAAAUAACCAUGAAAGAUGUCAUAUUUGUGACAAAUUAAAUCCUGGUUCUCCCCAAUAUUUCAAAGAUUAUAACCAACUGUUUGAACAUUUUAGAAACUCUCAUUAUGCUUGUAACAUCCAAUCCUGUUUAGAUAAUAAAUUUGUGGUAUUCGGAGAUGAAUUCGAAUUGCAAGCUCAUAUCUUACAAGAACAUGGUGAUAUAAUAAAGGGAAAACCAAAAUUAUUUCAAUCCGAACUUUCUACUUUUAUUCCAACACCUGCUAGAGUAAUUAGAAAUCAAAACGUUUUGGAUGACCCAUCUUCAUCAAACAGAGGUAUCGCUGAUGAUGAGUCUCUUGAAGUUAAACGUUUAAGAUUGGAAGAAAGAGCAAAGCAUUAUUUGAACAAUUCCUUUGAGGAUUUCGAAAGAUUUAAAGGACUUAAUGAUAAGUACGAAAAGAGUAAGAUAAGUGCCCAUGAACUAUUAGCAUCGUAUCAAUCAUUAUUCACCUCACAAGAAGCUAAUGAAUAUUUAUUAAUCCAUAAUUUGGCUGAUACAUUUUCUCGCAAGUCUAACAAAUAUAAGGAAUUGAAUGCCAUAUAUGAGGCAGAAGAACAGCGGAUUGCAAGGAGUUCUUUGCCAUCAUUAUCUGGUGGAUCAUUUGUACCAACGAAGUCAGGUAUCUGGGGGAAUUCAAGUUCUACCUCAGUUAAAUCUAUGAAUACAAGAAAUUUAAAUACUUCCUCUUUACCAACAUUGCAAUUGCAGCCAGCCUCGUUUGAUGUAUUUGGUUCUCAGAAGAAAGCAGUUCAAUCGUACAAAAGUUUGACCAAACCUAAGAAGAAAACAGUUGUGAAAAGCGUUGUACGAACAACAGAUCAGUCGUUAGAUAAUGAUUUUACACCUACUUAUCUGAAAAAUAAAUCUCAGUCACCAGCUCCUUCAGCAUCCUCUUCUUCAACAUCAAUAUCGAGUCAGAAUAACGUUAUUGUUAACAAGAAUAUGAAGGGUAAAGACAAAUUAUCUUCGUUAAAGUUGGAAAGUUUGCCAACACCUAAACCUCGUGUAUAUAUACCGCCUGUCCACGAACCAAUUAUACCAGAUCCUAAGAAAUGGGGGAAAGGUACGAAGGAACCAGGAACUCCAGAUGAUGAAUUAGCAGGUUUAGUCAUUGAUGGUGGUAACUCCAAGAAGAAAGGUAAACAGAAGCAAUUACUCUUCCAUAUUGGUAUUUAG